GGGUAAUCGAUAAUCGUUGCUUUUUGUAGUGUCGCACUUCGCACUGCUGCAAAAUAUUUGAUGUGAUCUGUGAUAUUUUUCCUCAAAAUGCCUGCUACGGCUAUGCAUAAGUUUAUAACUUUUAUAGGAACUGUGUCUAUAUUACACGCGGCUUAUUCCGCGGCACAACAUCGUUCCUAUUUGCGAAUUACUGAACAGGAAUUUACUACUUUGCCAAUUGAUAUUUUAAUUCAAGGUACAGUCAGUUUAUUUAUCGUUAUGUAUGGUGUUCUGUACAUUGCCGGUGAUUUUAAAGAAAUUCGUGCUGUUGUCGAUUUGGAGAAUAAAUCCUGGGAAACACUGCGAAAUUUACCAGCUUUUCAAGUAUUUAAUCAUCGUGGGAGAUCUCUUUCGCCAGAAUAUGUACCAGAAUAAAAGUUUUUUAUUAAAUUAUUGAACUUUC